AUGUCGAGUCCCCGCCACGUGGCGAGGGAGGACAACUCGCCCGGCGGAAGUAGCAUCGUCUUCGCCGACCUGGAUGAGGAGGUCCCGCCCGUGCUCGGGGAGCAGACGACGCUGCAGCCUUCUGUCCAUUCUGAGGCUCGAGAGGAGCGGAUGCGUGUGACGAGCUGUUCAGAGGACAUGGGCACCGCAAGCCGCUUCUCGACCAUCUCCCACUGCAACACGGACCCUGAGCUUCAGCAGAUGGGCCGAGCGAUGACCAUCAAGGUGGCGCUCUGCGCUAGCAUCACCAUAGGAGAAGAGGACUCUGAGGCGGAGGAUGACAAGGAGGUGCGACUGCCCGGCCGUCCGGCGAGUGGGAUGAACUCCCCAGACAUCUCGCCCUGCUCGGCUCUGCGGAGCCCUGUGAGCCCCAGCAAGCACUCGGAAGGGGGCUCCAGUGGCUUCCACAUGCCGGCCAUGAAGUCGGUGCGCUCGCUGGGCAGCCGCCGGUCUGUGGGCAGCCGGCGCCAGCCCGGGCGCAGCUGUGGGGACUUGCCCGCCAUGACACCCAGGCACACCGCCAAGAGUGCGAAGAACUUCCGACGCGGCCGGAAGCGGGUCAUGGUGGCCGGCAUGAACGCCAAGAGGUCAGACAAAGCCCCUGCGGAGAGGCCCUCUGCAGAGACCCUGCUGGCCUUCCUGCGCGGCGUGGGCCCGGGGCCAGAGGGCAAUGAACUGGAGACCAUCCUGCAGUGGUCUUUGGAGAAGUGGGAGAAUCAGCACAACUACAUCCAGUGGCUCUUCCCCACCGACGAGGAGAGCGAGUAUCACCCAGAAGCUCCGGUCUUGACGCCGGAGGUCCAAGAGGAGAUGCUGAUCGAUCCAAACGUGGAGGACAAUGUGCUGCGAGCUUUUGAGAAGUUCCUGGUGUUUCUUGGCUUAGAGUACGUCUUCGACGAGGACCUGCCGGCCUCCAGCACGCUCGAGGUUGUGGCGCCGGACGAGGUGAGGCGUGCGUCACUGAAGGUGUGCAAGGGCCAAGCCUUCCGGUCCCGGAAAAAGGACUGCUGGGUGGUGAAUUGCCCAGAGGGGAACCACAACUGGUUUCGCAUCAGCCGGGUGCUCGUCAGCCUGCGCCUCCUGGGCUUUCUGGAAGAGGCAGAGGCCUUCUACUGCUGCCUGGAGCAGCUCUGGGGCGAGGGCGACAUGCCGGGCUUCGCUGUGCACUCCAUGCGCAUCUGGCGGGAGAGCGCGGGGGAAAAGCGGCUGCUGCCCAAGCGCCGCAAGAAGCCCCGGGGUCCCUGUGCCGCGUGCGUGGUGUCCUAG